UAGCUCCGCCUCCUUACCGCCGGACUCCUGAGGUCGUGCCUUGACCGCUUCUGGCGCGAAGGACCCGGGCGGCAAAGCGCAACCCAGCGCUCAUUCGGCCCAAAGACCCCAUCAUCCCGGCCGCAGCCGUCGAAGCCCUUCAGUACCCCCACAAUGUCACUUUCCGCUACCGGACUGGCAGCAGCUCCCAAUAACCCGCGUUCUGAUUGGCUACCAUCCGUCCAGCUCUCUUUGGCGCGUUCCAAUUCUAGUCACGAGUGCAGAAAUGUCCAAGAUGUCCCAUCACUGUUCUGGUACAUUACCCUUAUUGGAUGACAUCCAUGAGCAGAAUGUGGUCUUUGUUAUUUGUGCCUUGGAAAGUAAGACCUCCAACCUGUGUAUCUUGAAAGAACUUCUCAUAAAGACUCUCUUUUCACUGACCAACAAACCAACAGAUUCCAUGUUCAGCAUUGUCAGCUGUGCUGCCAGCAAGAUGUUAAAAUGGCAGAACAAUUUGGUGAAAUGUUCCCUCACCAACAUCACUGAAGCGGCUGCCUGGAUCAGAGCCCUUCAGAGCAGCAGUGGGGCUAGUGCAUUGAGCGCUGUGGCAGCUGCACUGGAAGAUCCCACUUGCCAAGCAGUGUAUCUUUUCACCAGUGGGCUACCUGAGAGUGUUGUGGAGGAAAUCUGUGGUUACCUUAAGGAGACAGAGCAAGAACGUCCAGUGCACAUAGUGCACUUGGUAGGAAGUGGAGAAGAAAAUAAACACACUUCACAAGAAAUAUUGGAGAAAAUAGCCUUGGUAUCUGAUGGUUCCUUUCAAGCAAUCAGCUCUGAUAGGACUUCUGAUGAGGAUAAUCCUGGCUGCAAUGUAGGCAUUUGCAAUUCCAAUUGUAUCAGCAAGCAGCACUGCUUCCCUCUGCUGCUGGGCCAUCACUCAACAACACAAUUUCCUUUGGACUCAUUGAAUCCAGAUUCCUCUAAGGCAUUUCUGAGAAGCUCAAUAACAGAUAUCAUUGACUGGUCUCCAAUGAUUCACAGCUUGCAGCGGGGGAUCCAAGUCCUAGCCAGAAGAGAGACAGAUGGGUAUUACUAUCUAGGUCACAUUGUCCAAGAGGUGAAGGGUUCUCGAGAAUGUGUUCUAAUUAAGUUUGAAAGAUCUCAGCAAUCACGGAAAGGCAAGACUCAAUGUCGGAUGCAAGAAACACCCCUUUAUGAUGUAAUCCAUUAUGAGGAUGCCAGGUGGCAGCCAUUAGCUCCAGGAGAUGCAAUCCUGGCUCCUUGGGAGAAGAAAGGUGAAAGAUAUGGUCCUGGCAUUGUCCUUCAGGUUGUUGAGACUGGAUCAUCUCAUUCAGCCUUUAAAAACAGCACAGUGCUGGUGAGUUUCUGGAAUGGACAGACCAAGAAUGUGUCUGCCGAUGUUGCUGUGAGGAUCCCUCCUCCUUUGAGUGAACGUAUCAUCCUUGAGCUCCAGAUGCCAUUAGCAGCCAGGCAGAUGUUAGUGGAGCAGAAUCCUGAUUAUCCCUAUGUUGUGCCACCUGGCUACAGAGCUUCAGGGCCUUGCUGGCAGAAUCAUUUAGAUGAGAUGCACUGGCAAGAUACUCCAGUAGUUCAUGGUGUUGGUGCUAGCUGCAGCUCUACCCAUCACCCUCUCUGCCACUUCCGCUUCCCAGCUUGGGAGUCCUUUAAGUCUCCAGUUUGUACAGUGCAACUAGAUGAUGCCUUGAUCCCUGGAACCAACCUGACAAAGGAAGAACUGAGCAGGAAGAUAGAAGAGCAGCUUUCAAAGGGGAGACUUCCUAUUUCAGAAAGUAAUGAGAAGGAGAAGGAAGAGAGCAAGAAGCCAAAGGAAGCAAACAAUGUUACAGAUUUAAAAUCCUGUGAAGAGAUGGAAAGCAAGUUUACAAAACCAAACAAGGACCAUCAGAGACAGAGAGCUUCAGAAGAUCCCAGCAAAGGUCCUAGCACCAUGGUUGACGUAGCUGCCAACACAGACAAAUGCAUGACUCCACUAAAACAAAGAGACUUAUUUCAGAUUGAAGCCCUUUUCCAGCCCAACAUGAAAAAAUCUUCUGCCCAGCCAUGCCAAAGGAGUCCUUCUCGGAAGACAGAUGCUUCCCAACUCCAAGCUACAUUUAACUGGGUAGACCAAUCAUUGAAGAAAGACCGUUCUGCUAUUGAAUCAGUUUUCCACAUCAGGAGGAGCUACAGUACACCAGCCAUACAGAGGUUAGUGGUGAAAGGGGCGACUCAAGAUGGUCCACAAGAGACAGACGUCAACACAGCCAGGACAGAGUUCAAACGUCAGAAGUGGGAGCAGAGGCGGCUUAAGGAGGAGCAACAGCAACAGGAAGAGUGCCUUAAAAGACAGCUGCUGCUUGACAACAAGAGGCAGAGAUCACUCCAGCGAACCUUGCAAGGCUCUCAAAAGCAGGAGAACAGUGGCAGCUGGACUGUGUGGCACAUGAAGCAGCUCCAGGCUGCAAGUGCAGAGAGGAAGAGACAGGAAUUGUGCUUCCAGGAAGACCUAAGGAGCAAAGAGAACCAAAGGCUAGAGUUCUUGAAGGCACAGCGCAAGCAGAGGGAAAACUGGCUGACAGAACAUAAUGAAAGAAUUGAUGAUCAUGAGAAAAAAAGGCUGGAGCUGCUCAAGAAUAGAAUGAAAUCUAUGCAAAAGAAGUUGGAAGCUGCAGCACAGGAGCAGGACAUACAGAAGAAAAAGGAGGCUGCCAAAGGGCAACUGCUGCAAAAGCAGGACCAGAUGUCCCAGCAGGUGGAAAAAGAGGGGCAGAAACACAAAGACCUUCAACAGUAUCUCAGAGAGCAUAGCCUCCUAAUGCUGCGUGCCUCACUGCUAUCAUAAAAAAAUGUUGCUCUCUGAAUAAGCCAACUCCGGAACAAUGCAGUGUGCUGCUGAUGACUGUGGAAGCCAUUCCACUGAGGCUGUCUUUAGGCACUGGCCUGUGGUAUUCUGAACCAUCAUUCCUUACAGCACACACAUUCAUUUUCUGUUUGCCCAGUUGUGAUCUGACCAGUUUAGUGCAUCUUUGUAAUGGUUCACGCUGUUCCUUGAAAAAAGGAUAAGCUAUUCCCCAAAGGCAUGACCAACGUUGCUGCAAUAGAUGUGUCUCCAUUUUGAUGCAACUGUUGUGGACACUUUUCAAUAAGCUCGCAUAUUGCCCCCUCCCUAUCUGGAUCAUCUUUGGAACUUUUAUUAAAAUGCCCUCACCCCACACCAUGAAAUUUACGGAACCUGAAGAUGUUUCCAAUAUGGUCUAGUCAAUUUCACAUCUUUGAAUCCAUAGGGAUCAGGAUUGGGACAGUGGCUAAGUUAAAAGAAAAAAGGGAUAAACAUGCUACACACACAGCAAUGAAGUUCCCACUCCCACUCAAAUUAUGUUUGUAGUAAUUAAGCUACCACUGAUGGCUCAGAAAGUUGCUCCUGUUGCUGAACUGAAAUCAUUGUCCCCAGCCUGAAAAGCAGAUUCUUUGUUCCCUUAACAAUAACAGAAGUUAAGCUUCGUUAAAAUACAUAGGAUGGUGCUAUGCAAGAGUGUUUGCUAUGUUGGUGCACUGUCAUGGACCUCAAUGUUAUUUAUGCCAGUAUUUUAGGAGUUCCAGACUUUAUAAGAACCAGUAUAGCACAACUGUUAAGACCAGGCAGAUAAGAUUUCAAAUCCUUAUGCAGCCAUGAAGUUUACUGGGUGCUGUUGGAUCAAUUACUCUAUCAGCGUAAUCCAUCUCACAGAGUUGUUGUGAACAUAAAAGGGAUGGAGGGGGACUUUGUAAGCCAUCCUGAAUUACUUGGAGGAAGGGUGAGAUAAAUACGUAAUAAAAUUGAUAUUAUGCAGACACCUUUGCUGUACUUGUAAUGGGUGCUGGAUCAAUAAACAUAUUCGACCUUUGCCAUACUGUUUUCAGCACCUGCAAAACACUUCUUCAUUUAAGGAAACCUACACAAACAUAUACAUCUGACAUAUAUUUUAAUAUGUAAUCCUAUUUUAUAAUGUAUAUUUUUAAAACUGGUUUUAUUUUGAAAAAAUAGGCUUUCUUUUUAACAUCUGAUUUUAUCAGUAACAUUAAUGUAUAUUCUAUAUUUUAUGCAAACCACUUAGAGGUUUUUCAUGAUUAAGCAGUAUAUAAAUCCUGUUGAAUAAAUAAAACUAAAUACAUAUGAUAAUGUCCAGGCCAGGGUGUUUCUGAGCAGAAUUCACAGAGGUUCUUUGAACUAUAAAGUCUCAUUAGCCACGCUGCCACUUGUGGCAACAGGAGCUCAUCAUCAUUCAGACAGAGGCAGAAGAGAGAUAGUGCUAAGGUGUUCAAUGCCACUGCUUUCUAGAGAAAGGAUGGCUGCCCUGUUGCCAGUAAGGGGGUCUGUCAGUGGUAAGCCCUCCCAGGGCUUUGGUGCCUCAGCAGCUGCCCAAGGAUACCAACCUCUAAUGCUG